AUGACGAAGUACCACCGACUGGGCAGCUUAAACGACAGAAACGUCUUGUCGCACAAUUCUGGGUACUACAAGUCUCAGAUGAAGUCUCAAGCCUUGGUCAGCUCAACUGUGUUCUUUGACAUUGCCGUUGACUGCAAGCCCUUGGGCUGCAUCUCCUUUGAGCUGUUUGCAGACAAAGUUCCGAAGACAGCAGAAAACUUUCAUGCUCUGAGUACUGCGGAGAAAGGAUUUGAUUAUAAAGAUUCCUGCUUUUACAGAAUUAUUCCAGGAUUUAUGUGCUGGGGUAGUGACUUCACAUGCCAUAAUGGCACAGGUGGCAAGUCCAUGUAUGAGGAGAAAUUUGAUGACGAGAAUUUCAUUCCGAAGCAAACAGGUCCUAGCAUCUUGUCCUUGGCAAAUGCUGUACCCAACACAAACAGUUCCCAGUUUCUCAUCUGCACUGCCAAGACUGAGUGGUUAGAUGGCAAGCAUGUGGUCUUCAGCAAGGUGAAAGAGGGCAUAAAUAUUAUGGAGGCCAUGGAGCACUUUGGGUCCAGGAAUGGCAAGACCAGCAAGAAGAUCACCAUUGCUGACUGUAGACAACUCUAAUAAAUUUGACUUGUUUUAUC